AAGAAGGCGGUUGUGACGUCACAGUGUUUACACCAUCAGGUUAAAUUGCCAUUAAACGGCAGCUGAGAAAGCGGACCUGGUAGCGUUCCUCUGCUUCCACAGCUUCGCCCUCACACUUAGGUCGUAGCUGUCGUGUUUCGAUGGGAGCUCACGGGGUCUUGGGGAACGAGCCCGACUCGAUCGACUACUCGGUGCACGAAGCCUGGAACGAGGCUACCAAUGUGUACCUGCUGGUUAUCCUGGUCAGCUUCGGCCUGCUGAUGUACGCCAGAAAAAACAAGAGGAAGAUCAUGCGGAUCUUCGCUCUGCCUCCAGCUGUUGGAAGCAGCCCGGAGCCCAACUUCUACGACAGCCUGCAGAAGGUCCGCCUGAGACAGCAGCUGGAGAUGUACUCUCUGGCCAGGAAAUUUGAGCAGCAGCAGGGCCAGACAGACAGCGUGCAACUGUCCAUGGAAUGAGAGCAGGAGGGAACUCAUCCUUUGUCUUGCAAACACUCCUGCGUCUUCAAGCCCCUCAGCACAUGGAUAGGAAAGGACUUGGAUGGCCACCAUGAUCAGAGAUCAGCCGCCACUCCUAUCCUGGUUGUUACUGUUUGGUUCCCCCGAAUGAGAAGCAUCUUCAUUCACUUUCUGUUGUCUCUUCGUCGUCUGUCAGGCGUGGAGUAGGUAAGGCCAGACGGACGGGGGAGCCAAGAGCAAAGGGGAGAGCAGGAUCUUGCAGGUUUUGCUGGAAAGCCUUUAGCAGUGACUCUUUAAAAUGAAGAAUGGUAAACGUGUUAUCACUGCAGAUGUCUUUGAGAUGAUUACACAAUGUCGAGAUUUGAUUUAGAUGAGUUUCUAGCACACCAGAGGAUCCUUUUAAAUGUAACGUAGGCUGUAGUUUGUUUCCAUAUGUAUUUCUACUUGUGUAUUAAAUGUUUUUUUGUGUGCUAGGGUAGUAAAAUUAAUUAUUCUCAAACGUGAAAAUAAAGGCACAUGAAGCUUAAGUAACCGAAA